UAAACACUUUCACUCUCAAACACCGCUUGAUGUUUUGUUCAUCUCCUUCUAUUAUUUUCUUUGUGGUACACGGCUCCUCUUCAUCUUCGUACUUUUUCUGGAAAACUCGCCAGCACACCCCGCGUGGUGUGGCUCCAAUUAAUAAAUUGUGUACAUAUUUCAACCCCUAAAGUUCUCAACCCCUUGUGUAGGUUGUUGUGUGAACAUGUUAAAUAGACUGCACGUCUGAAGAGACUUUGUGGAGAAUUGAUUUUUGUGUAAUCAGAAGAAGAAGAAUCAACCGGCGUGAGGGGUGUGCUUCAUCAAGGAGAGAUCAAGUGAAGAGGAGCAAUGUGGACUACCAGUGCGGUUGUCCUCACUGUUUUCCUGCAGGUGGCCACAUCUCACGAGCGCCUGGAGCUCGGUGUGGACCCUGCCGUGGAGACAGCCGACGAGUUGCUGCUAGAAGAAGGCGGGAGCCACACUGGCGACGGAGUGGUGAUGAUGAGUCGCCGCACACGUCAGUCACACCACCACCAACACGUGUUGCAUCACAGCCUCGAGGCACAGUGUGGCCGUGACUCGGUCGAUGUCUCGCUCCAGUUCGACGAGCCCUUUAACGGCAUCGUCUACACCAAGGGACACUUCAACGAUCCCAAAUGCAGAUUCGUGCGAUCCGGCUCAGGCCAGCAGCAGUACCGCUUCGAGGUUCCACUGAAGCUGUGCGGAGUGAGGUCAUCGCGGGAGAUCAUCCUCAUCCUGCAGACGGAUGACACCGUCCAGGAGUUGUGGGACGUCGCUCGUCGCGUCUCCUGUCCGGGACUUAUCACUGGGCCCGGCGGCAAACGGGAGAAGACCGUCUACUUCAAACCGAUCACAGUUGACAUGCUAGAAGUCACCUCAGUUGGCAUGGAGUCAGGAACCAUCGAAUGCUGGAUGGACAUACAACGAGGAACCUAUCCUUCGCUGUCUCCCAUCACUGACGUCAUCAAGAUAGGUGAGACACUGACUGUCCUAGUCUACAUAAAGGACAGAGAGAACAAGUUUGAUGUCCUGGUCCGUGACUGUUGGGCUUAUGACUCCGAGGACUACGACAGUCCCGACACUACAAAGCUCCAGCUCACUGAUGUCAAUGGAUGUCCUAAGAAAAGGAAGUUGAUUCAUUAUUGGCAGCAAACCACUCAGUCUGAGGGCAACGGAGCAACUGUCAUUUCGCAUACAAAUUUGACAGCAUUCAAGUUUCCCGACAAGCAACAAGUGUUCUUGACUUGUAACAUUGAGUUAUGCACUGGCCAAUGCUCAGGAGGAUGCAAUGAGCUUGAAGGUCCAAGUACAACACAACCAGCAGUGCAAUGCUACCCAGGCUCAACAGACCCAAGGUGCCCUCAGAUAGGAAACAGACCUGGUCCACCAACUACACUAGCGCCUAUCUGUUACCCUGGAUCUCAAGAUCCCAGGUGUCCAAGACCACCUUCAACUACUCAAGGACCAAACUGCUACCCAGGAUCACAGGACCCGAGGUGUCCAAGACCACCAACCACUACAGUCAGGCCUCCAGUAUGUUAUCCAGGAUCCCAAGAUCCCAGAUGCCCAAGACCACCAGCAACACCACCACCUACUAGGCCGCCAAACUGCUAUCCAGGGUCAACAGAUCCCAGAUGUCCUCCACCUCCUCCUCCAUCAACAACAUCUGGGCCGAAUUGCUAUCCUGGAUCAAAUGACCCUAGAUGUCCAAGACCACCAACCACAUCAGUCAGACCUCCAGUGUGUUAUCCAGGAUCUCAAGAUCCCAGAUGUCCUCAACCACCUUCAACACCUGCACCAACUAGGCCACCUGUAUGCUAUCCAGGAUCAACAGAUCCCAGAUGUCCUCCACCACCAACUACAGUUCGUCCUCCAGUGUGUUAUCCAGGGUCAAAUGAUCCCAGAUGUCCAACUAUAACUACUCUCAGACCUCCUCCACCAACUCAACCACCAACCACGAGUGGACCAAAUUGCUAUCCUGGAUCAAAUGAUCCCAGAUGUCCAAGACCACCAACUACAACCAUCAGGCCUCCUGUGUGCUAUCCAGGGUCUCAGGAUCCCAGAUGUCCUCAACCACCUACGACUCCAGCACCAACUAGGCCACCUGUAUGCUAUCCAGGAUCAACAGAUCCCAGAUGUCCUCCUCCUCCUUCAACUACAGUUCGACCUCCAGUGUGUUAUCCAGGUUCAAAUGAUCCCAGAUGUCCAACAAUUACUACUCCUAGACCGCAACCACCAACCCAACCACCAACCACCAGUGGACCAAAUUGCUAUCCUGGAUCGAAUGAUCCUAGAUGUCCAAGACCACCAACUACAACAGUCAGACCUCCAGCGUGUUAUCCAGGAUCCCAGGAUCCCCGAUGUCCCCAACCUCCUUCAACACCUGCACCAACUAGGCCACCUGUAUGCUAUCCAGGAUCAGUAGAUCCAAGAUGUCCUCCACCUCCUCCAACUACUGCUCGACCACCAGUAUGUUAUCCUGGAUCACAGGAUCCUAGAUGUCCAACAAUCACUACUACAAGACCGCCACCACCAACCCAACCACCAACCACCAGUGGACCAAAUUGCUAUAUUGGAUCAAAUGAUCCUAGAUGUCCAAGACCACCAACCACAACAGUCAGGCCUCCAGUGUGCUAUCCAGGGUCGCAGGAUCCUCGAUGUCCUCAGCCUCCUUCAACACCUGCUCCAAGUAGGCCACCAUUAUGCUAUCCAGGAUCAACAGAUCCAAGAUGUCCUACACCAUCUCCUCCUCCUCAACCUCCAACUACAGUACGACCACCUGUCUGUUAUCCAGGAUCUAUUGAUCCAAGAUGUCCAAAACCUCCACCAACUUCAAGACCACCCUCCACAUACCUUCCUCCUGCGACUGAACCAGUCAAUACAUACCCACCAUCAACACCAGCUCCAAGUCGGCCACCAGUAUGUUAUCCAGGUUCCAAUGACCCUAGAUGUCCAACACAACCUCCCACAAGACCUCCCACAUACCCAACACCAACAAGACCAUCACCACCCACACCACCUACAACAGUAAAUCCUCCAAUAUGCUAUCCUGGAUCCAAUGAUCCAAGAUGUCCUACUAGACCACCUACACCUACAACUCCAGCACCACCUAGGCCACCUCAAUGCUACCAAGGAUCCAAUGAUCCAAGAUGUCCACAAACUACUUCUAGACCUCCACAAUGCUACCCUGGAUCGAAUGAUCCAAGAUGUCCUACUAGACCACCUACACCUACAACUCCAGCACCACCUAGGCCACCUCAAUGCUAUCAAGGAUCCAAUGAUCCAAGAUGUCCACAAACUACUCCUAGACCUCCACAAUGCUACCCUGGAUCAAAUGAUCCAAGAUGUCCUACUAGACCACCUACACCUACAACUCCAGCUCCACCUAGGCCACCUCAAUGCUACCAAGGAUCCAAUGAUCCAAGAUGUCCACAAACUACUCCUAGACCUCCACAAUGCUACCCUAUCAAUGAUCCAAGAUGUCCUACUAGACCACCUACACCUACAACUCCAGCUCCACCUAGGCCACCUCAAUGCUACCAAGGAUCCAAUGAUCCAAGAUGUCCACAAACUACUCCUAGACCUCCACAAUGCUACCCUGGAUCAAAUGAUCCAAGAUGUCCUACUAGACCACCUACACCUACAACUCCAGCACCACCUAGGCCACCUCAAUGCUACCAAGGAUCCAAUGAUCCAAGAUGUCCACAAACUACUCCCAGACCUCCACAAUGCUACCCUGGAUCAAAUGAUCCAAGAUGUCCUACUAGACCACCUACACCUACAACUCCAGCUCCACCUAGGCCACCUCAAUGCUACCAAGGAUCCAAUGAUCCAAGAUGUCCACAAACUACUCCUAGACCUCCACAAUGCUACCCUGGAUCAAAUGAUCCAAGAUGUCCUACUAGACCACCUACACCUACAACUCCAGCACCACCUAGGCCACCUCAAUGCUACCCAGGAUCAAAUGAUCCAAGAUGUCCACAAACUACUCCCAGUCCUCCCCAAUGCUACCCUGGAUCUAAUGAUCCAAGAUGUCCUCAAACAACUCCUACCCCACCACAAUGCUAUCCAGGAUCAAUUAAUCCACAGUGCCCCACUUAUCCUACAUCCCCCAGACCUCCAGCAACAUAUUUACCACCUUCAACAUCAAUCCAGACAAGACCACCUACAACACAAGGUCCUAACUGCUAUCCAGGAUCAACUGAUCCGAGAUGUCCAAAACCAAUCCCAACAAGACCUCCCACAACAUCUGGUCCAGUCUGUUAUCCAGGAUCAACUGAUCCAAGAUGUCCUACACCAAUACCUACAAGACCACCCACAACAUCUGGUCCAGUCUGUUAUCAGGGUUCGAAUGAUCCAAGAUGCCCCACACCAAUACCCACAAGACCUCCCACAACAUCUGGUCCAAUUUGUUAUCCAGGAUCAACUGAUCCAAGAUGUCCCACACCAAUACCAACAAGACCUCCCACAACAUCUGGUCCAGUCUGUUAUCCGGGAGCAACUGAUCCAAGAUGUCCCACACCAAUACCAACAAGGCCCCCCACAACAUCUGGUCCAGUCUGUUAUCCAGGAUCAAGUGAUCCAAGAUGUCCCACACCAAUACCAACAAGACCUCCCACAACAUCUGGACCAGUCUGUUAUCCAGGAUCAACUGAUCCAAGAUGUCCCACACCAAUACCAACAAGGCCCCCUACAACAUCUGGUCCAGUAUGUUAUCCAGGUUCAAAGGAUCCAAGAUGUCCCACACCGAUACCCACAAGACCUCCCACAACAUCUGGUCCAGUUUGUUAUCCAGGAUCAACUGAUCCAAGAUGUCCCACACCAAUACCAACAAGGCCCCCCACAACAUCUGGUCCAGUCUGUUAUCCAGGAUCAAAUGAUCCAAGAUGUCCCACACCAAUACCCACAAGACCUCCCACAACAUCUGGUCCAGUUUGUUAUCCAGGAUCAACUGAUCCAAGAUGUCCCACACCAAUACCAACCAGGCCUCCCACAACAUCUGGUCCAGUCUGUUAUCCAGGAUCAACUGAUCCAAGAUGUCCCACACCAACACCAACAAGACCUCCCACAACAUCUGGUCCAGUCUGUUAUCCGGGAUCAACUGAUCCUAGAUGUCCACAACCACCACCAAGACCUACUUUGCCACCUAGACCUCCACCAACAUCCACUGUACCACCUAAUUACACACCAGUUGUAUGUUUCUGUAAUGGGACCACAUCAAAACCAAUUGUACCUCCUCUAUGCUACCCUGGUUCAACUGAUCCCAGGUGUCCUCAGAUUAUACACUCUCCUGACUGUCCUCCUGGUUCAAAAGACCCGAGAUGUCCUCAAAUUAUUUAUCCCCCUCCUGACUGUUAUCCUGGGUCUCCUGAUCCAAGGUGUCCAGAAUAUUCACCUUCAGGUAUCAUUGGCACUGGUGUUAGCACUCCAUCACCUACUGCCAAACCCGAUUGCUAUCCUGGUUCGACUGAUCCGAGAUGUUCUUCUACAACAUCUCGACCAAGUAGCACAGUGGUGUUCCCUUCACCUUCACCCUCCCCCCCAAACUGUUUCCCAGGUUCCACUGAUAUCAGAUGUCCCAAACCUUCACCCUCCCCCCCAAACUGUUUUACAGGCUCCACUGAUCCUAGGUGCCCAAGACCUUCACCCUCUCCCAGACCUCCCUCACCAUCAGAGUGUUAUCCUGGAUCACCAAACCCUCUCUGUCCUAGACCUGAGCAUCCUUCUUCAACCAAAUUCCCCCCAACAUACUUGCCUCCUGUCCCAUCUAGUCAAUGCUUUCCAGGCAGCACAGAUCCCCAAUGUAAUGAAGUCAAUCAGAAUCCCAGGAUUCAUGAAGAGGAAUCUGAGAAUGUGCCUACCAGUUUGAAUCCUCCAGUAUGCUUCCCAGGCAGCAGAGAUCCCAGAUGCAGCAGGAGAGAUUCCACUGCUGGCAGCUCUGACGAUCUCAGAAUCCAAAAUGGAGCAAAUGAUGACUUCCAUGCUAAAGAUGCUGAUCCGAGAUAUCAUGCAUUUCAUUCAUGGCAGUAUCAAAAUACCCACAACGCUCGCAGAAAUCUGGUGAGGCGCAGAUCAGAACAUCGAGUUGAGCAAGAGAGACGAACAGACAGCGCGUCAACCGGCGAGAGAAAGAAAAGAGAUCUGACUGAGAUGGUUAAAGAAGAGGAAACAUCAUUGAACGGCAGCAGUGCUCUAAUUGGUUCAUUUGUCUUUGCUGUUUUCGCCGCUAUUCUCGUUCUGAUUGGCUAUCGAGUUACAAGGAUUAGACAGAGACAGAGAACAAUCACAGUUGAGGCAGCUCCCAUCAGAUAGUGCAAUAAUGGACUCAUGUCAACCUCGCCAACAAACCUAUCAGUUGUUAUGUUGUUUGAAAUGCAACUAAGUGAUAUUUCAGUGGGAGAACCUGAGCUCAUUUGGAGUUUAAGAAGAUAAAACAUGUGAAAAGAAUGGAAAAAUACAUGCAUCUGCUUGACGAUCUGAAGGCGAUUGCUAUGAAACAUAGCAAACAUUUGAUUUCACAGUUUAGCUUUGAAUGUCUUGCUUUUCUUUUGAUCAUAGACUUGAUUUCCUGUAUGAAUUGGUGAAUAAAAUUGAAUCAAUUUAUUUUGUGGAAUAAAAUAGGAUAAAAAGGCAGAUGCAAAAAAAUGAUUAAUUAUUUGUCUCGAAUUUUAGUGGGACUAUUCUUUUUAUGGACCAAUAAUCAUAGAAACAUCUUAUCUUGAGUAUACAGCUAUUUCCAGAAGACAAUUUUGAAUCUAUAGACUUUGAAAUAAAAUUAGUUGCUCAGUUCCUCCCUCAAUUCAUUGCUGCAUUUUGAAUGACAUAACUCUAUACAAACCAUGACAUGUCCAAUUGACUCUCAUAGCUUUACUUUUUUACAUUUGUUUUGUAUUUGUUGUAGAAAUUUAGAUGAGCAAUAUCAUGAAAUAUGUGAGGUGUUUGCAAAGAUUCAUAAAUAGUAUACUGAAAUUAAGAUAAGACAAAGCAGUCUUCACUAACAAUCGAAAAAUUCAAAUUCUAGAACUGGUCUCUAUUUUCCAAAUAAUAUUGUUAAAUGACAAUAUCCUGAAAGAAUGUAUCAUUUUAACAUUGAAAUAAUAAAAUCAAAAACCAAUUAAUGUCAUGAAAUAAUCAAAUACCAAUUUUCUUCAAAGAAAAGUGCCAUAUUGUAUUUUAUAAUUUUUAAGCACCAUUAUCUUCCAUGUAUAAAGGUUUUCUAUCGGUGUAAAUAAUCAGUACUUGUGAAUCAUACAGGUUCAUUAUUAAGAAUCAACAACAAAUUUUCUCAUCGAAUGAGGAAUUUUUAAGAUUCUCCUUGAAUGAAAAUAAUAAUUGAUGAUUUAUCAUUCUCCAAAUUGUAAUUCCGUCCAAAUUCUCAUAUACUUUGAUAUUAUAUCUAUUUCAAAAUAUAAAAUGUUGAUAUCUUUGUCUAGUACAAAUAUUUGUCUGAAUCAUACAUUAAAUGUGCAAUGAAAAACUUAUAGAUUGAUAAAAAGCUCAAAUCUUGCAAUGCCUGAUGGGAUUUAGAAAAAAGUCCCUUCUUUAGUUUUCUUCCAAAUAGAUUGUGACGUAUUUUGUAAUUCAUGUAUAUAUUACAGUGAUGAAUAUAUUCCACUGCAGCAAUUUUUAAA